UAUUGAAACUAUGAACUAUUUCAGCAUUUUCUGAAGUCUUCAGUGUCGCUUAUGAUGCGACUCAAAGCAAAACUGUAAUAAAAAUAGAUAAUCCUUUAAACGACACUGUUUUAACUAACUAUUCUGAACUAAAACUGUCCAUGACGAUUACUAAAGUUGGUGUGUCUUACGGAGAUGCAGUUUUAACCAUUAAGUUGCCCAGCCUUAGUUUUACCAACAAGUUUUAUGUGGGGACUUACUCUGUGGAAAAUGAUGCAGCUAAAAUCGAUAUUGAUGCUAUGUCAAUUGAAAACGCAGAUUUAUCACUUGUUGAUGUCACUCUAUCAGAUUACUCAGACUAUUUUACAACAACCUUGACUGAUAACAAAUUGACUUUGACAAGUUCAAAACCCUUAACUUCCGAGAUAACGGACAAGAACGAGAAUCUACCCAUCACGCUUACAGCAACUAGAAAAAGCGACAACAGUGUAUUGGCCACAACCAGUCUAGUUAUCAAUUUACCUUCUAGUACCAGUGAUAGUAAAAAACCAGAAUUCACCAAAUUCACCUUUAAUGGAACCUAUACUGUCACAGAUAAUGCGGCAACUGUUGCAUUAGAUAGUGAUAUAAUUAUACUAAAAAAGAGUGGCAUCACUGUUACUUCAGUUUACAUUGAAGAUGCAACAUAUUCAGGUAAUUUUGAGCUAGAGAGUAAAGAAGAAAACACCUAUACAAUAAAAGUGAACAGUUUCUUAUCUGACAACACUCUUAAAACUGAAACCAGUCUUGUUUUCACUCUGAUAGCUGUAUCUAGCGACGGUGUUAGUGGUUAUGCAUCCUUAGUAAUUACACUUCCAAAAAUAGCUAAAGAACAAUCAGUUAAAUUCAAAGACAUUUUGUAUACUUCAGAAUACAAAAAUGGAGAACUUAAGUUAAACAUUGACUUAGAAACGGAUUCUAGUGAUAGUGACAUCCAAUAUUUGUCCUCUCCAAUGGUAUGA